AUGCGGUACGAGUGGACGGAUGAUAAAGACAAUGUGCAUUUGUUAUCAGAGAAGGAAUUGUCAUUGGAAUCUGCGACUUACUACAACAACACCUUUUACGUCUUGCAAAAUGGAGUUUUGGUACGGUUUUUGCUUUUGGUUUUGAACGUUUAGAAAUGGAAUUGGUCAUUGAGGGUUAAGGGGCUGUGUAAGACUAGAAAUUUCAGAAUAAAUAUCUAGAAAAUGGAAGUUUCGAAGAGAUUUUUACACCGACCGUUUUCAAGCGGAUAUACGGGGAUCCCACUCAUUUCUUGGCCGUUUCCAAGGACGGCGAAGUCUAUUAUUAUGAGAAAUCAACCGGUAAUUUCCUUGUGCAGAAGAUUGUUUAUGCUGGGAUUCGACAGACAUGUGAGCAUGGAGUUCAGGGCAUUCCAAGGUACAUUCGGCAUUCAUUUUGAUGUUGCUAUGGAGUUUUUAUGUUCGUACUCUAUAAUUAUUGUUACAGGGUGCUCAAAGUAAAGUCUGUUUGUCUCACUGAGACUUCGGCUGUUUUUGUAUGCCAGGAUGGGCAGCUUUGGUCGUUUAAUUCAUCUGUAUUCGAAGCCAAAACUGAAGUUAUCUAUGCGACCAAGAUCGAAUUGAAUAAAUGUGCUUAUAAAGUCCGUCAGCUAGUUGCAGGAAGGUUGGUUUGUGUUCUUUGAGUUCAUUUUGUCUUUAGGAAACAUUGUGUGGCAUUAGUGGACUUUGCUAGUGCCAAUAAUCAGAGUAAAAACGAGAAUAAUGUUGUCACCGAGUGUCAGAAAUGCCGAGACUUUGAGAAUCUCAGAUUAUCAACGCUUAUGGAAGCUGCUGAUGAGAAAUACGUCGCGAAGGACGAAAAUGUAGGUUUAUAAAGAUAAUUUUAUUGCCUAAAAUUGUUUUCAUCCAUGACCAUUUCCAGAAAGAAGACAUCGAAAGCUCAGCAGAGCAGACUCCAUCAAAGCCAGGACUUGACCGGUUCUUCUCCAGCUUCAAAUACCCGUUCUUCAAGAAGUUAAGUGUGAGAUCUCGUGGUCCCCAAUCGCGUUGGUAUGCUAUGCCUCCAGGCAGUUCACGAACCUUUUCCGAUACCGAUAACAGCUCGGAAAAUGGGGUUGGUGGAAUCGAACUCUCGACUUGGCACUCUUCCCAGCAGGCCAAUUCGAAUUCUCUUGGGCUGAAUGGAAGUGUGGCCUUUAGUUUUGUCAGUUUGGAUAAUUUGGUGUCAUCCUCAGGUAAAACAGUUAAAAUUUUGUUUAAUUAAAUAAUAUGUGUUUCAGACGACAGUUCCGUCGGACAUGCCGAAACUGAUCUUUCGACUUUGGAUCAAUCAUUGUUAUCGAACAAUUUCCAUUCUUUUGUCUCGCCUCAAGUUGCUAAUACUUUUUGUGAAGUCUGGGCAUGGGGAGCAAACGAUCUCGGUCAAUUGGGAGCUGGAAAUGCUGUGCCAACGUAAGUUAUGGCGUCAAAAUUUUGUUGGAAGCCUAUUUUACAUCAAAUCUGUCGCAAAGAACACCAAUUUUUAUUACUUUAGGCGUAUCCCGAAGCGAGUGAAGGUACCACAGGGUCCAGUAAUCAAAAUUAGUGCGGGAUAUGAUCACACUUUGGCGUUGCUGAGUACUGGGGAGGUUUAUGGAUGGGGAUCCAACAAAAAUGGGCAACUGAAGAUUGACAGUGCCGAGUUUAUCUCCGAACCGAUAUUACUCAAGGUAAAAUAAUGUAACCUUUGAUGAAUUUUUUUCUUUAAGAGGAAUGUAAAUGCCUAAAAAUUGAGUAAGAUUUAUUUCCAGCUCGGUUCCAAGGUUUGUGUGAUCGAUGCCACAGCCGGAGGCGAUGUUUCCACAGUAAUUGUGAACUCAGAAGACAACUCGAAUGUUGUCGCUUGUCGAUUCUCCCGAUCUCAUUCAUCCUCUUCCAAUGGAGUUACAUCAAGAUUGGACUGUCUGGAGAAGCUGGGGUGCCCAUUGAAUAUCACUGCCUUCGAUGGGGGCAACAAACUUUUGGUCGGAUAUCUGAAAUCCGACUGUAAAAAAGUGGAGAACGCUGUUCAGACAUUGUGUAGAGUUUUACUGUCAGUCAGAGCGAGCUGCCAACUAUCACAAUUGGCUCAGAAUAUCAAAGAAAAAGGUAAGAACUAGUCGUGGUUUUUAUUAUUUUGUUCUGACAGAUGAGUCAUAUUACACUUGAUGUUUUUAGCCGAAAGAGAGCCCUUGAAUCAUGUCAGUGGCACCCUGUGGCAUUGGAGUGCUGUACUAUCAAGAGUCGCCGAGUUGUUGCUGUUCUCGGUGACUGUGAAUGGUUCUGUGGAUCUUAUGCCGUCUUCCACAUGCGAUCUCACAUUUGAUGCAGUUUUGAAAGCGAUGCUGAAGAUGCAUUUCGCGAGAAUUGAUGCUGUAGCUCAGGGAUGCUUCCAUGAUCUCAAUUUGCGGUAAGUUGAUUGGCAGGGUAUUGGUGAUAAGUGUGGGCCAGGGGCUUUUAUUCCAACAGUUAUCAAAAUCGAGCUCUGAAUUUUGAGCUAUUUGCAUUUUAUAUUCACCGUCGAUAACCCAAUUUCAGUGACGAAAUCAAGAAGCAAGUGGAUCAGCUUUCUCUGGAACAUGAAACCGAAAGCAGCAAGGAUUUCAAACGUCUGAUCGGCCUCUUCGCCGUGCCACAAAAGCAAUUUCUCUCUCUUCACGGAGUAAUAAACACCAUUUUGGUAAGUCAUUACUCUUUUUUUUGUCUGCGCAUCCUAUCAAAAGCUGUAUCGAGUACUGUUCCCUUUCUGGUUUGUAAUUCCAUUCGUCGAAUCGGUUUUUUUUCGAUGAGUUUUACAACUGUUUAACCCCUUUUUCCAAGUGUAAAAUUAAAUGUUUUGAGUUGGGGGAACCCGAAAAAAUGUAUUCGAAAGGCGUAAUUACCUUCUUUUCUUGUCGAAAAACACUUUAAAGCCUGAGGGGAUUGAUAUUAGAUGGAGAACGGCGCCAUUUUAAUCGAAUUAUCAUUGUAAAACGCCCCGAAACAAGUGGAAUUCAGCGAAAAUAUCCGUGGCAUUUACGCUAUCAAUUUAUAAAACACAAUUUAGACCCCAAAGAGUUGA